AUGCACAGACUCUCCAAUCGCUCUUCCUCCGUCUCCGCCCUACUCCGUUACGGCGGCGCACUUCGCCGUGACGCUGCUCUCCCACUUUCCACAUCUUACUCUCAUUUGGUGGGAGAGAAUGACUCAAAAUCCAGAUGGUAUUCAAUAUUAGGUUCUGAGAAAUCCGGCAGUGUUGAUCAGCUAAACUUGAAAAGAGAUUUGUUUUUGGGAAAACGAUAUGAAUCAACUGUUGCAGAAUCUAGUGCAUCAAGUUCCCCACCAGCUGAGAAAUUUGAGUACCAAGCAGAGGUUAGUCGGCUCAUGGACCUUAUUGUUAACAGUUUAUACAGUAACAAGGAAGUGUUUCUCAGGGAACUUAUCAGUAAUGCAAGUGAUGCCUUGGAUAAGCUGCGGUUUUUGAGUGUUACAGAGCCUGACCUGAUGAAGGAUGCGAUUGAUUUUGACAUCCGAAUUCAAGCUGAUAAAGAUAAUGGGAUCAUCACUAUUACUGAUACAGGCAUUGGCAUGACUAAGCAGGAACUAGUUGACUGUCUUGGAACUAUUGCUCAAAGUGGAACUGCAAAGUUUUUGAAGGCUCUCAAGGAUAGCAAGGGUGCUGGUGGUGACAACAACUUAAUUGGUCAAUUUGGUGUGGGAUUUUAUUCUGCUUUUCUAGUUGCUGAUCGGGUGGUUGUCUCAACCAAGAGUCCAAGAUCAGAUAAACAAUACGUUUGGGAAGGAGAGGUAAAUGCUAGCUCAUAUACCAUAUCUGAGGAGACGGAUCAGGAGAAGCUGAUUCCAAGAGGAACUCGCCUUACCCUGCAUCUAAAGAGGGAUGACAAAGGUUUUGCACACCCAGAGCGAAUUGAGAAGCUUGUGAAAAACUACUCCCAAUUUGUCUCAUUCCCAAUAUACACUUGGCAGGAAAAGGGAUUCACCAAAGAAAUAGAGGUUGAUGAGGAUCCAACUGAGGCGAAAACGGACAACCAAGAUGAGAAGACUGAGAAGAAAAAGAAAACUAAGACUGUUGUUGAGAAGUAUUGGGACUGGGAGCUCACAAAUGAGACACAACCUAUCUGGCUUCGUAAUCCUAAAGAAGUCACCAAAGAGGACUACAAUGAGUUUUACAAGAAAACAUUUAAUGAAUACUUGGAGCCAUUGGCAUCAUCACACUUUACCACAGAGGGUGAGGUAGAAUUUAGGUCUAUACUUUAUGUUCCUCCCUAUGCUCCAUCAGGGAAGGAUGAUGUAAUCAAUCCCAAGACCAAAAAUAUAAGACUUUACGUGAAGAGAGUAUUUAUUUCAGAUGACUUUGAUGGAGAACUGUUCCCAAGAUACUUAAGUUUUGUCAAAGGUGUGGUCGACUCGAAUGAUCUUCCACUCAAUGUGUCACGUGAAAUUCUUCAAGAGAGCCGCAUAGUGCGGAUUAUGAGGAAGCGAUUGGUCAGAAAGGCUUUUGAUAUGAUUUUGGGGAUAUCCAUGAGUGAUAACAAAGAGGACUAUGAGAAGUUCUGGGAUAACUUUGGCAAACACUUGAAAUUGGGUUGCAUUGAAGACCGAGAGAAUCACAAACGCAUUGCUCCGUUGCUUCGGUUUUUCUCAUCCCAAAGUGAGGAAGAAUUUAUCAGCUUGGAUGAAUAUGUUGAGAACAUGAAACCUGAUCAAAAGGAUAUUUAUUACAUUGCUGCUGACAGUGUGAAUAGUGCAAAGAACACACCUUUCUUGGAGAAACUUGCGGAGAAGGAUCUUGAAGUGCUGUUUUUGGUGGAUCCAAUAGACGAGGUUGCCAUCCAAAAUAUUAAAUCAUACAAGGAAAAGAAUUUUGUUGAUAUUAGCAAGGAAGACUUGGAUCUAGGUGACAAAAAUGAGGAAAAGGAAAAAGAGAUUAAGCAGGAAUAUAGUGGGACAAUUGAUUGGAUUAAGAAACGUUUGGGAGAUAAAGUUGCAAGUGUGCAGAUUUCAAACCGAUUGAGCUCUUCGCCUUGUGUCCUGGUGUCAGGAAAAUUUGGUUGGUCUGCAAACAUGGAAAGGCUAAUGAAGUCACAAACAAUGGGUGAUGCCACUAGCUUGGAAUUCAUGAGAAGCAGAAGGGUGUUUGAGAUCAACCCUGAACAUCCUAUUAUCAAGAACUUGGACGCUGCUUGUAAAACUAAUCCCGAUGACCAAGAGGCCCUCAGAGCUAUUGAUCUUCUGUACGAUGCAGCUUUGGUUUCCAGUGGAUUUACGCCUGAUAAUCCAGCACAACUUGGAGGAAAAAUAUACGAGAUGAUGGGUAUGGCUCUUAGUGGUAAAUGGUCAUCUCCUCCAAGUCAGUUUGAGUCCACUCAAACUCAACCCCAUGUUCUAGAAACGGUUGAAGCUGAAGUGGUCGAGCCAACUGAAGCUGGCAGUCAAAAGUGA